AUGAUAGUGUGUGGAUUGAUGGUAUUGGAUCAGGAAUUGAGAGGGAGAGAGAGAUUGAGUAGUUUGUGGUUCAUCAGCGAUUGGCAAUGUGGACAUAUGAUGUGGUCUAGUGAAGCGAUCCUAUCGGUCAUGCGUCACGAUGAUACCGGUGUGUGGUGUUGGCUGAGUGA